AGGUUCACUAUAAAAAUAUAUUGUUCUGUGAGUGAGGAAACAUUUUGAGAUAGUUUACUCUUCAGUCUUAAAAAUAAACUAAAAGACGAUACAAAAUGGCCACAACAACAACAGUCGACGUUGCUGGUUCAGACAAUGAUGAAAGACAAGAUUUUCUUAAUUUUCAAGACAUUCCCCAUGAACCAAGUGGUAAUGAUCAAACACACAAGUUUACAGAUUUUCCUCAUUCGGCAGCAGAUUCAGAUGAUGAGGAAUCUGACAAUGCCAAGCUGCUCAAAGAGAAAAGCAGCCAUUCUUUCUGGACUUUUGCUUACUACCAACAAUUUUUUAAUGUGGAGACAGAGCAAGUGGGCAAAAGAAUAAUGGCCUCCAUGGUGCCCAGACCUGGGCAAAACUAUUUGAUCAAACAAAUAAGACCCAAUCCUGAUUUAUAUGGACCUUUCUGGAUAUGUACAACAUUGGUUUUCACCACUGCCAUUGCUGGAAACAUGGCAAACUAUUUCAGUGCUGUUGGAUCUUACAAAUGGAAAUAUGAUUUUCACAAAGUGACCUUUGCUGCUACAGCCAUAUUUAGUUACUGGUGGGUCAUUCCUCUAUUGCUUUAUGGUGUGCUCUGGUGGCGAGGCAGUCAAGCCAAGUUUACUUUCUUGGAAAUGAUCUGUGUCUAUGGUUACUCGCUAGUUAUUUACAUUCCCAUCUCAAUUUUGUGGGCUAUACAAGUAUCUUGGCUUCAGUGGACACUUGUUGUUGUUGGUGCUGUGCUCUCUGGCAGUGUUUUACUUUUAACCUUUUGGCCAGCAGUUAGUGAGGAUAAUAAAAAGAUUGCUUUAGGAAUGAUGGCUUUCAUUUUUAUAAUGCAUGCAGCUUUAGCAGCUGGUUUUGUGUUAUAUUUUUUCUACAUCCCUUCAACUGCCUCUGAUCAAGUCAAUGUCAACACAACAGUGGCCUUCACCACAGUAACCAUGGCUACAGGGUCAAAUAAAUUAAAUGAGUCACAGCAAAGUGUUCAGCAAGCAUUGCAGGCUAGUCAAGUUUCGAAAACAGUGAAUACCAAUGUGAUCCAGAAUCUGACAACAAAACGAAUUCUUGAAUGAAAGUCUUCUGGUAGCUUGACAUGGUUUUAAGAUUGAUAUGAUAUCUUUUUAUUAUGUUCUCUUUUAAUAAAAUAUUUUAUUGUUAUGUUCUCUUUAAUUUAUCUUUGAUAUGCUGACAUGUGAUAUUGCUCAUUAAUUUCAUUGUUAUACCAUUUUCUUUUCAUUUUUGGCACACACUUUUUAUUAUAGAAAUUGUUCUUUGGGGACAUACAAAAAAUCAUUGAACUCUAAAACAUGUAUUUUGUUUACAAGUGCAAUAUUUAAACCAACAAUAGUUUUAAUUUUACUUAAUAAAUUAAUGGAAAAUUAAUAUAUGCCAUCUUUAUUGGUCAAGUUUGAGCUUAGAAACUUAAAGAGAGACAUAUAAGUAGGUUUUUAAUAGCAUAAACUUGAUACAGACACAAAUCAAUUAGGUUAUAUCUAGAAAGGAUAGAAAAAUAUGUUGUUCUGUUACAUGCUUGUCAAGACCCUAGCAGUAGGUGUGAAAAUCUGAAGUAAAUAUUCAGUCUUGGAAUUUAAAAGUAAUGAAUUUUGCAUAAUAUAGGAAUUUAAGAUAUUUCUAGACAUCUCUUGAGUUUGAAAAAUGUGAAUAAUUUAAUUAUAUUUUGAUUAUAUUAUCAGACUUAAAAAGUCAAUGUAAAUAUAUAUUUUUUAUACAUACAGAUUGUUAGUUACAUUCUAAAUAUAAUGCUACAUUCUCACUCACAAACUAAAUUUCAAAUUGAUUAAUACAAUAGUUCCAGUCAUACUCACUGCACAUUAGAGUAACUUUUAUUUUCAAUUGUGUAUAUUGUGUACUAAAUUUCAAUUCAAUAUUCCAAUCCUGUAUCUUACAAACACUCACAUAAAUAAAUGUGUAGAUGUUACUUUUUUUUUCAAUGGUGUAUAAAUACUGUUAAUGUUUUUUUUUCAAAUGAAAUUUGGAAUUGGUGACAAAAUUAAAACUAAACUGUGGCUGGAUUAAAA